UCAAUCGAACUUUGGUCGUUCAACUACUUAUUCGGAUCACUGGUGAAUCCUCUCACCUUGUUGAAUAAUUUAGAUUGUCUCGUGGCAUAAUCUCGGGAUAUUUCAAGAUGGAUCAAGUCGAGACUUAUCUGAAAGCGCACAGAAUGCAAAAGAAGGACCUGCAGUACAUGUUCGAUGAAUUUAGUGAAGAGAUCGCUAAAAUGCGUGGCAGGUGCGCCGAUCUUGGUUGUGGGCUAGGUAUAAGCUCCGAGCUUUUGUUGAAGAUGUUGCCGGAGCAUUCCACCGUCGUCGGAGUCGACAUAUCGGAGCCCAUGAUCAAAUACGCUGCAGCGAAGUACUCCGAUCAACCACGUCUUUCUUUCAUCCAACUUGACAUAGCUACGAAGACACUUCCGCCACAGCUUCUCGGUGCCUUUGACAACGUAGUAUCAACCAUGUGCAUUCAUUGGUGUCACGAUUAUAAACAAGUCUUUGAAAACAUCUUCAAGCUAUUGCGGCCAGGAGGAAAAGCCUUAGUAUUAUUCUUAGCUAAGCAUCCGGUGUUCCCCGUUUACUCGAGAUUACAGGCAUAUAAAGAAUACGAGACUUUAAUGAAUGAUUUUUCACAAUACAUAACUUUCCUGCAAGAUGACGAGCACCCGGAAAUAACAACAAAGAAAAUACUGGAGAAGUCUGGAUUUCAAGUCCUACACUGCAGUCAUCGAGAAAGAACGUAUGUUUUCGAAAAUUGGGAUGAGAUACAAAGAUAUGCGAUUGCUGUAAAUCCCUUCCUCAAACGGAUAACGAACGAGAACGAGGAGAAAAAAUACAAGGACGAUCUGGCGCGCGAAUUACGCAAUACCGAGCACGCUUUUCUAAAUGAGAUAGACGGGAAAGAAAGAACGGAGAAACGAAUAUUGAGCGUCUACCGUUUGCUCAUAGCUUACUUUAAAAAGCCAACAUUGAUCGACGUUUGUAAGAUUCAAUGACUGUAAAUUUGUCAAAGCGUCUAUUUUGUUACAUGCAAGCUGCAUUUAAAAUUUUAACAGUCGUAAAUUUGUUUUAAUAAGUCAAGUCGAAGCGACUUUUUUUACUUGCAAGUGACUAAUCAUAUUGAUUGCAAUAAUUUGUAGUUUUAAAUUAAAUAAUUGUAAAUUUGUUUCAAUGAGUCAAAGUGCCCCAAUAUCAGAGUGUAUUACUGGCAAGUUAUUAAUCGUAUUAAUUGUUAAUUUAUUAUUUUUAUACAAAGUCAAAGCGUUCUAUUCUACAUUCUUACUUGUUGAAUCAUCGUUCCAAUAAACAAAGUCGAAGCGUC